CCGAGGAUAAUGCUGUGCUGCGGCCUCCUGGAUUGGUAUUUGGAAACAAACAUCGGAAAAUUAAACAACAAAGGUUUGCAGUACCUGACAUGCAACAUGGGACCGAACCUGUUCCUGCUGCUGCUCCUUCCUCUUCCUUUGUGCAGCCAAGGUAAACAUUUACUUCGCUUUUUGACCCUUUGCCAGCGGCAGGAGGAGAGUGAUGGUCAGUAUGACAUUGAGUUUGAUGGCGAUCAGCUUCUCUAUGUCGAACCUUCCAGCUACAUGAUCUUUCAGCGCCUCCCAGAGUUUGCAGAUCAGUGGAUCCCUGAUCCUAGUCUGCGCAAAGAGGCCUAUUUGGACCUCGGUACCUGCAAGUACAAUUUAGGAAAUAUCCCUGAAGUUGUCGACAGUCCGACAUCUAUGAUCUACUCGAAGGAGUACAUCGAGAUCGGCGUGCCCAACACUCUCAUCUGCUUCGUCAAUGAAUUCCACCCACCUGAGAUCAACAUCAUAUGGACCAAGAACGGGGAACUGGUGAACCAGAGUUACAUCAGUCAGACUCAGUACUACUCCAACAGCGACUACACUUUUCGCACCUCCUCCUACCUCAGAUUUACUCCCCAGGAGAAUGACAUCUAUGCCUGCGGUGUUGAACACAUGAGCCUGCAGACACCACUCACUAGGUUCUGGGAGGUUGAAACUGAUGAACUGAAGAACAGCCAGAAUGUGGAGACUGCGCUGUGUGUCUGUGGUGUGAUCUUGGGCCUGAUGGGAGGUUACAUCGGUCUGUGGUUCAUCAGGAAGGCCAGCAAGUCCUGCAGGAGAUCACCUGCCUCCAUCUCACCCUAUCUUAUUACUCAAACCAUCUCCAUGACAUGGUUAACAACAUUCACAAAACAUUCCUUACAGGUCUUCCUCUACUCCUUUUGCCUGUCGACUCCAUCUCCAACAUCCUUUGUCUGAUAUAUUUCCUAUCUCUGCUCCGCACAUGUCCAAACCUUCACCUCCCUGACUUUAUCUCCAAACUGCUCCACCUUAACUGCCCCUCUGAUCUGAUCAGUUCUUAUUCCGUCCAUCCUGGUCACUGCCAGUGAAAAUCUCAGCAUCUUCGUCUUUGCCACCCCCAACCCAGCCUUUGAUCUACUGUCUCUGGACCCCCUCAGUGCAUUGUCUAUUACUUUUGACGGCUGACCCUAGGUACUUGGUACUAGCCUAUGGUAUCUAAAAAUAAUUUUACCAGCCUGCGUCGACAAGUGUACCUAUCUGCGUUAAAAUAAUAAAUUCCAGGAUUGCUAAGUAAAUAUUCCCGACAAAUAAAAACAAACU